UGACCUUUCAAUAUUCGGAACAGAUUUAUUUGUAGCUCCAUCGCAAACUGAAUUGCUUAUGCUAAUGAGGCAAAUGUUGUGAACAAGAAUUCCCUUAUAUGCCAAGCUUUUUCCUAAUCAGAGUUAAUCAUUAAAGAAGAUGAAAUCACUGCCUUGUUGGCAUUUGUAUGUAUAUUUUAAUGACCUCAGCUACAUUGUUUGUGUAGCCUUCUAUAAGGUUAACUUAUUUUGUUGCUCUGACACAUGAUAUGCAGUGUAUUUGCAAUUCGUGGGGCCCGGUGGCUGGCCACUUCCAGGCUCUCAUGCUACUCGUUGUCUAGAUCUACCUACUUUUCCGAUCAUCCUGGGUAUUCUUUGCUGUAAUGGUUAGCACAAUGAAGAUCAAGCAGUCGGGGUUUUGGUCCUGGUCAGGAUCAUUUUUUUUUUAGUCGGGACCAUGAUAUUUACAUUUGUUUACUUAGUCAAGAGUCCCUGUCCAGAGCCUCCGUCCACCCAGGUGUCAAUAUGGGUACCAGCAAAUUUAAUGCCAAGAGUAGCCCUACAGAGGACUAGCAUCUCAUCAAGGGGGAAGAAGAAAUGUCCCAAAACACUGAAGCCAGGACAAGCUCUGGCUGUAUGAACCAGUGUUGGCCUACAUUCACUUAAUUCAAAUUCAAGUACACUUUAACAUGACUUGAUUUCGAUUGGUCAUGACCCUCCAGUGUAAUUUUACACCAGUGUAAUAAUUGAUGUGUAAUUACUUGUCUAAAAGAGUGUGCUUUGUCUUUAUCAUUACCUUGAACAAGGUAAUGUUGACAGUGUUUUCUCUUGCCAAAUAAGAAACCCAACACAUAAAGUGAGAAACUUCAAAGGGUAACAUCAUUACUUUUGACAGGGCACUCUUGAUUUUUAUUGGCUUAGCAGCUUUCAACUGAUUUCAGUGUCUCGGGGUAACCCACUCUACUUCUGCAGUAAUAUUGCUUGGUUGCACCAUUUGUACAUGUAGAAGACCUUCCAGGAAGAGGUUGCAGAUUAUGAUCAAUCACAUCCAUAGGCAGACUGCAUAAAAACAUUCAUUGUAAGACUUCUAAUGGAUUCAUUCACGUCUUGAAAACCUUUGAAUUUCAAACAUUCUGUUUCAGUAAAUGCCUUGAAAGUAUUGGAAAUACUGGUAGCCUAACAUAAAUUUCAGGUCUCAAAAGUCCUUGAAUUUUCACUGAAUGACAGCUAUUGACUGAAUUAUUUGGUAUUUAUUAAUGAAUUGCAGCUAAGUUAACAUUCCUGGGUCAAUGUUAAUGAGCUACAUGGAAGAUGAACUAUCAAGAUGGAGUACUGGAAUAUAAAUCAAAAUAAGUGAUUUCUUUCAGUUCAGAAUUGACUAGAAAAUGUCAUAACUGGCAGUCCACAAAAAUAACCACAAGUAUUGUCAAAAAUGCUUCCCUUUGUCUGAGAGAAACUCUCCUCGUAUCUGAAAAUACCCCAUCUUUCAUCAUUAAUCACAGAACCCUCGAACUGUCACAAAGUCUCAUAAUUAUAAAAUACUAAUAUUUGCAUUACUUAUCACACUGUUGUUCAAUCUACUUGUGUGACCUAGGGAUGUAUUUUAUGAGCUUGUACGAGAGUGGGAAGAUUCACAUUCUGCAGCAGGUUGGAACAUGGAGGAGCACAUGGGAGACAGGAUAAGGGCUUUGGUAAAUCAGAAGCCAGAAUUAGCAAACUAUUCACAUUUUGCCAGGCUUUUCAAGUCUCAGCUAUUACAGAUGUGUGAAGAAGAAAGAAGUGGAAGUGAUUUUCGUUCAUCAAGUAUGCUAAGCAAUCUACAAAAAUCAAACCCUGAAAAGUUUCAAAGGCUUCAGGAAAGAUUUGUUACUCCAUUAUCCACUGGUGGCCCAUGUCCUUCUCCUAGUUUUAGUAACGUGCAAGAAUUCUUCAAGGGAUUUAUACAAUCUGCUGCAAGCCAUUCAUUUAAUCGACAUUUGAUAGAUUUGCUGAUUGUAAAGAUAACAGAGAUUGACAAUAAAGAAUUUCCCCUUUCUGGCAUUGAAGAAGGCAGUGAGAAGGAUUUAUCAAUUCAAAAUCAGGAACUGAAGCAAGACUUUUCCUGCUAUUUAAUGAAUGUCAGAAUCUUGGCAAAGUUCCUUGGAUUUCUGUUGUUCCAACCCUAUUAUGGUGCAGAAACCACAUCAGAAGUAAUUACAACAGAAACUUGUAAAAUAAGAAACAGAAUUCCAAUUCAGUUUGACAUCCUUAGUUACCUCGAGAAAGCCUGGAACAGUGGGAGACUGGUGCUGACCAUACCAUGGGCUGUGGAGUACCUCAGUAUGAUGGACCCUCUGGCCCCUCUUUUGGACUAUUUCUCUGGGGUCCUUCAUUGGCUCNCGAUUCAAGCAAAACAGACAAUUGAAGCUAAAAACAAUCCUAGGGAUGUAUUUUAUGAGCUUGUACGAGAGUGGGAAGAUUCACAUUCUGCAGCAGGUUGGAACAUGGAGGAGCACAUGGGAGACAGGAUAAGGGCUUUGGUAAAUCAGAAGCCAGAAUUAGCAAACUAUUCACAUUUUGCCAGGCUUUUCAAGUCUCAGCUAUUACAGAUGUGUGAAGAAGAAAGAAGUGGAAGUGAUUUUCGUUCAUCAAGUAUGCUAAGCAAUCUACAAAAAUCAAACCCUGAAAAGUUUCAAAGGCUUCAGGAAAGAUUUGUUACUCCAUUAUCCACUGGUGGCCCAUGUCCUUCUUCUAGUUUUAGUAAUGUGCAAGAAUUCUUCAAGGGAUUUAUACAAUCUGCUGCAAGCCAUUCAUUUAAUCGACAUUUGAUAGAUUUGCUGAUUGUAAAGAUAACAGAGAUUGACAAUAAAGAAUUUCCCCUUUCUGGCAUUGAAGAAGGCAGUGAGAAGGAUUUAUCAAUUCAAAAUCAGGAACUGAAGCAAGACUUUUCCUGCUAUUUAAUGAAUGUCAGAAUCUUGGCAAAGUUCCUUGGAUUUCUGUUGUUCCAACCCUAUUAUGGUGCAGAAACCACAUCAGAAGUAAUUACAACAGAAACUUGUAAAAUAAGAAACAGAAUUCCAAUUCAGUUUGACAUCCUUAGUUACCUCGAGAAAGCCUGGAACAGUGGGAGACUGGUGCUGACCAUACCAUGGGCUGUGGAGUACCUCAGUAUGAUGGACCCUCUGGCCCCUCUUUUGGACUAUUUCUCUGGGGUCCUUCAUUGGCUCCAGAGAAUAUACAGAGAGAUAGCUACUCAAUCACCCGAAGAAGAUUUGAAUCACAGCAGGGUACUCCUGGUGUCUUGUCUUGGAUGGUUCUUUGAGAUCCCUGCGAUUCCUGCGUCAUUUUUCUUCAAAAGCCUGACUGACCUAAAGCAAUCCAUUGGUGAAGACCUUAAAUCAAGAUAUUCAGAUGUAAAAGUCAGUUUGGUGAGCUUAACUAAGCUAUCAUUCCAUGUCAAUCAAGAAUUCUUCAAGGGAUUUAUACAAUCUGCUGCAAGCCAUUCAUUUAAUCGACAUUUGAUAGAUUUGCUGAUUGUAAAGAUAACAGAGAUUGACAAUAAAGAAUUUCCCCUUUCUGGCAUUGAAGAAGGCAGUGAGAAGGAUUUAUCAAUUCAAAAUCAGGAACUGAAGCAAGACUUUUCCUGCUAUUUAAUGAAUGUCAGAAUCUUGGCAAAGUUCCUUGGAUUUCUGUUGUUCCAACCCUAUUAUGGUGCAGAAACCACAUCAGAAGUAAUUACAACAGAAACUUGUAAAAUAAGAAACAGAAUUCCAAUUCAGUUUGACAUCCUUAGUUACCUCGAGAAAGCCUGGAACAGUGGGAGACUGGUGCUGACCAUACCAUGGGCUGUGGAGUACCUCAGUAUGAUGGACCCUCUGGCCCCUCUUUUGGACUAUUUCUCUGGGGUCCUUCAUUGGCUCCAGAGAAUAUACAGAGAGAUAGCUACUCAAUCACCCGAAGAAGAUUUGAAUCACAGCAGGGUACUCCUGGUGUCUUGUCUUGGAUGGUUCUUUGAGAUCCCUGCGAUUCCUGCGUCAUUUUUCUUCAAAAGCCUGACUGACCUAAAGCAAUCCAUUGGUGAAGACCUUAAAUCAAGAUAUUCAGAUGUAAAAGUCAGUUUGGACUCCAUUGGUAUUGUAGACCAAGGCAUUCUCUAUUCUUGCUGUCCAUAUCUUGGUGAAGUAAGAUCUGUUCUUGUAGAGGCAGCUGCUGGAUUGUCUGGACGAGCAGGCCCAGUGAAAAAGAUCACGCCAGUUUCUGCAGGCGAACCUGCUAGAAUAUCUUCCUCUCAGAGACAAUUGCAGCUUCAGUUAGAAGAGAACUUUUUCAGGAUUCAGCCCGACUUUCUCAAGAGGUUGUCUGACUUCACAGUGGAAAGGUUAUGCAGCAACAUUAUAUCACACGUGAAAGGAAAUAUUAUCCCGUCUCUGCUGGAAAGGGGAGUUCAGAGGAUCCAGGAAUUCUUGGAUAAUGAGUUUUCAGGGAACGCAAAUACUGAUCAGGCCAAGGAAAAGUGCAGACCUCAUGUACUCAAGAUAAUUCAUUCCGUGACAGAUGAUGGUGUUAAAGACGCCUUGGAGACAGUUGAAUCUUCUAAGAAGAAAAGCUUGAGUGCAUUUGAGAGCCUUUGUCCACAGGAAAUGAACUCUAAGGUUGUCAUGACAGCUGCGAAUAUUACCACGAGACUUAUAAAGGAGAAAACCUCAGACUGGAUCAAUACAUCUCUACCAAAUAUUAUGGAGGAAGGACUGUUUUUACAGUUUAACAAGAUUGCAAACUCAAUAUUGCAUUCAAAAUCCAAAGAACAGAGAAUACUUGAUAGUCAAAGCGACGCGAACACAAAACAAAUUCCAGAGAACGGUUGUGAAGUUGAAACAAAAUGCUGUAAACCUGGAGGAUGUUUACCAGAAAGUGUUUCCCCUGCCAUGAAAGUCAAAGCACUACAGGUGGUGCUUUCGGAACAAUCAAAACUUCUUGCAAUGCAGUCACCAAGUGAGAUAACGUUUGAGGCAGUCGCCGCUGUUGGUGCAUUAGAAAGCUCUUUGAUUAGCGAGGAACAAUCUUAUGCAAAGGAGAUGGCUUUGAUCGGGCAAAUAACUGUGGAGCUGGUGUUUAUUUUAAUGUGUAGAACGGCACAUGGAGUCACGUUUGUUGAAACAAACUAUGCAAAAAAUAGUUAUGGCAUCUUGGACAAGCUCAUCGAGUUAUGGACUAAAUUAAAAGAAAGGCGCAUUGAAGUUCCUUUUGAAAGAUUGUUUUCCAAUCCUCACGUCAACUUGAUUAUGACAGUAGACAACAGAAAGGUCAUAUUUGAAGCGCUCCAAGCCUUUUUCCUGUCCCUCAUACACAAACAUCUGAUCUACACUCACGAGAUUGAACAGUGGUACAUUAGUGCGCUGGAAUUGGUCACGGAUGAGGUAAGAUACUUUCAGGAACGUAGGUUAAUAUUUAAGGGGGGGGUCACCUCACAUCAAUCUUGCUGUGUUUUGGAGGGGUGUGAGGUGAAAUCGGAUUUCUUGUUGUCAGAUCUAGAUUGGCCAUCACUCUCUAGGGCAUUCUUCGUGUGUUCGGGUAUGUUUUUCUCUCAUUGGUCAGUUCCAAACUGCUUUAUGGAAAAUGUAGAAAGAAAGGCUGGUAAUUGUUUAACAAACGUUCUCGUGUCAGUGCUUGUUGGUGGGCGAAUCUAGUUCUAAAAUCAGUACAAAAACUCGGCGGAGAUUAGCCGUGUUUCCUAACGCGAAUGACAUGUUGCGCCUGGCUUGGUUAUUUCCU